CCUGUGAAGUUUGCUCAAAGUCGGAUAUCACGAUAUUUCACGUCUGCCGGGAGCGGAGGAACUUCCGGGAACGUGGUGACGUCAUAGGCCAACAACGUCAUCAUGCCGUGGAACAGAAGUAAACCACGUUUUCUCACCUGGGAGAGGAUCAUGGCAGCGGCCAGAUUUACAGUGACCAAAGCCACGGACGAGGAGGAGCAGCCAAUCACAGACUCGUCAGGAGGUUACGGGUCGGUGCCAGCGAGUGGCAGCGUCCAGGUGUUACGUUCAG